AUGACGCCGCCGGCGAGCACAGGCCAGCACGCCGGCGCGAUAGACGACGAGCCGCUGCUGCCGGAGUUCUCGGCGGGCGGCCACGGCGGCGGCGGGGGGUCGGUCUCCGGCGCCGUGUUCAACGUGUCGACGAGCAUCGUCGGCGCGGGGAUCAUGUCGAUCCCGGCGGCAAUGCGCGUGCUCGGCGUGGUCCCGGCGCUGUUCCUCAUCGCCGCCGUCGCCGCGCUCGCCGACGUCUCCGUGGAGUUCAUGCUUCGGUACACGGGGUGGGCGGCCGGCGGCGGCAAGAAGGCCAAGGCCACGUACGCGGGGAUCAUGGGCGACGCCUUCGGCCGCGCUGGCGCCGCCGUGCUCAACGUCUUCAUCGCCUUCACCACCGCGGGCACGCUCGUCGUCUACCUCAUCAUCAUCGGGGACGUGAUGUCUGGGAGCGUCGGCGGAGGCGACGAGCACGCCGGGGUGCUGCAGGAGCUGUUCGGCCCGCAGUGGUGGACGGGGAGACAGUUUGUGCUGCUCGUCACCGCCGUCUUCGUUCUGCUGCCGCUCGUGCUCCGCCGCCGUGUCGGGACACCGCGACGCCGGAGGGGGCAGCGCUGCUGCUGCCGGAGCACACCGGGGACGACGCCCCUGUCGUGCGGGGGCGGCUCCGCUUCGGUGCUGGGCGUGGUGUUCAACGUGUCGACGAGCGUGGUGGGCGCAGGGAUCAUGUCGAUCCCGGCGGCCAAGCGCGUGCUGGGCGUGGCGCCGGCGGUGGCGCUGAUCGCCGGCGUCGCGGUCGUGACCAACACCGCCGUCGACUUCAUGCUCCGGUACACCCGCGGCGCGCCGUCGUACGCGGCGCUGAUGGACGACACGUUCGGCCACACUGGUGCCGAGCUGCUCAACGUGUUCGUCGCCUUCAACGGCUUCUGA